AUGUUUAUUUCCGAUGAAACUGUAAAUUUUCAAUAUUCCAACAAUAGCAAUAAUACGAAUAAUAUAAACAAUAAUACUAAUAAUAAUAAUAGCAAUAAUAAUAAUAAUAAUAACAAUAAUAAUAAUGGUGAUGGUUCAAAUGGAUUAAAAAGAAAGAAAAGAGGUAAAUUACCAGGUGAAGCUACAUCCAUUUUAAAGAAAUGGCUUUUUGAACAUAAUAUGCAUCCAUAUCCUACCGAAGAAGAAAAGGUUGCGCUCGCCAAUUCAACUUCCUUAUCAUUCAAUCAAAUUAAUAAUUGGUUUACUAAUGCUAGAAGAAGAAUUUUACCAAGACAAUUAGAUAGAAAGGUUUUUGGAAGUCCCUUAUUUUCACAUUUUUCAAUACAAAAAUAA